GGAGAGAGAGAAAGACGGACAGAGAGAGAGAGAGGAGACACAAAGCAGAAAUAACAUAAGAAAAGAGAUGCCACAGUGGAGCGCCGCAAAACCACCCUCCAGACGAAGUCCAAAGUCUCCUGAUAUCAAACAGACAUCAAAAGGUGUGCAAAGGGAUAAACGCCCCAACAUUAGGAAUAAAGCCAGAUUGUCACUGUAGCAAAAGGAACUUGGGGAAAGCCAAAGGAGGAAGCCACAGCAGAAACUCAACCAAGGGUGGAUACUGCUCCCUGCCUCUGGACAACUGAUAGCAGAUACCACUGAAGUUCCUUUGACACCCAAGUGGAACACAGACAGAAAAGACCUUUAGGGGGGUUUAGAGGUUGUUGCAGGGUGCAGAAACCUCUAUCUUUCCACCGUGUCCUAGCCCGCCACAAAUAGCGCCUGAGGCUGACUGGAGCUGAGCCGCUUCCUUGGCAACGUGAUGGUGGGUAUGGGGCUCUUGCAAUCAAGGAGACUGUCGUUCAUCAUGUCACCCGUCCUGCUAACCUCGCUGGCUCUGCUCUUGUGCCCCCCAUUUGGAGGUGGCAGCCCCAUCACGGCCCCUGAGAGGCAUCGGCCGGCGCCUGGGCUGGAUGAUGGGCGCGGGGGUGUGGUGGACCCCUCGCUCCUGGAGCAGGACAGCGAGGUGGACGUGCAGAAGCUGCUGGAGACCCUGAAGGGGCAGUUCCUCCGCACGUUCAACCUCUCAGGGCUGGGCCCUCGGCCGCAGCCAGGCACCGUGGAGCGUGUGGAUCCUCCCGAGUACAUGAUGGAGCUGUACAACCGCUUCGCCAACGACCGCACAUCCAUGCCAACUGCCAACAUCAUCCGCAGCUUCAAAAAUGAAGACUCCUCCCCUUGUAUUGUGGGUCCACGAGGCGUGAGAAUCCACCCACUGCUGUUCAACGUGUCCCUCCCCCACCACGAACGAGUCACAGCAGCCGAGCUUCGCCUCUACACCCUCGUCCAGACCGACCGCCACCUCUACGCCGGCGUCGACCGCAAGGUGACCGUGUACGAGGUGGAGCAGCGCUACCCUGGCAACAGCAAUGGAGGUGGUGUUGAUGGUGGUGGGGGGGAGGCCAACGGUGACGCCAUGGAAAACGGGUCAGAUGGCGGGUCAGAUGGCGGGUCUGAAGAGCGGACGGCGCUGGUGGAGCUGGCAUCGCGGCAGGUAUACGGCAUGGACGACGGCUGGGAGUCCUUUGACAUGACUGCCGCUGUGCACCGCUGGCGCAAAUCGGGCUCCGCCACCACCCAUAGGCUGGAGGUGCACAUUGCCAGCCUGGACGGGGAUAAAGACGGAGAGGAAGAGCCUGGGCAGACAGGAGGCGAGCGGAGUGACCGACCGGCAGCCGGCACGGGGAACAUGGAGAUCGAGACGAGCCAGGAGGACCGGCACCGGCCGCUGAUGAUCGUCUUCUCCGACGACCAGACCGGAGACCACCGUGGCGACCGGCGCGAGCUAAACGAGAUGAUCGGUCACGAGGCGGGCGGGGGCAACGGCCUCCAGGACGGCGGCCUGAACAGUCUGCUUGAGGAGCUGGGCGAGAUGGGCCUGGGGUUGGAUGCGGACCCAGGCAACGGCGACGGCAACGAACCCGAUGAGGAAGCCCUCAUGCAGAUGCGGUCCAACCUCAUCUACGACACCUCCUCGCGCAUCCGCCGCAAUGCCAAGGGCAACCACUGCAAGAAGAACUCCCUCUACGUGGAGUUCAAAGACAUUGGCUGGGACAGCUGGAUCCUGGCGCCCAACGGCUACGAGGCCUACGAGUGCACGGGCGUCUGCUCCUUCCCACUUACCCCGCACGUCAAGCCCACCAAGCACGCCCUGGUUCAAACGCUGGUCAACCUCAAGAGCCCACAGAAGGUGGCACCCGCAUGCUGUGUGCCCACCAAGCUCGACCCUAUCUCCCUUCUCUAUCUGGACGAUGCAGGGGUGGUCACCUACAAAUACAAGUUUGAGGGUAUGGUGGUGGCAGAGUGUGGUUGUCGAUAGCAAGAACAGAACUUAGUGCCCAUAACAAACCCUACAGAUGACCUAAGCUGUACAUAACCACUUCACCAGUCAAACAAACAAAGCAUGAAACGUGCGGAUUUGAGAUAGAGUAGACAAGAACACUUACAUGACAGACAUUAGUCAAUAUUUAUAUUUGUGUACAGCUCAAUCAAAUGUUUAGAAUGUGUACAAUGUGUAUAUUUGGUAUUUCAAGACAGAGAUUAUUUUAUUAUGUCAUGUACAGAAUGUUUUCUUAUCAUCUGCUUAAUGUGAAUGAAACAGCAAACUGUAAAAAAAGGAAGGUAGUUUAUUCUCUGACAAAAUCUCUAUCAUAAUGUUUAUGGUUGGUUUAUGGAGUGAUGUUGGCGAGCCUAAAGAAUCAUUCAGAAACCAGAAGUAAGCCGAAGUGAAUGGGAAGUGGUUAAGACUGUAAAAACACCAAAUCCCCCUCCAACAUGAAUCAGAGAUCCUAUCUGGGAGGCAUGCAACAUUCUUUUCUGCGUCAUUGACGUCAGCGGCAGGCAGAAAGUGUAUUGCGUUCCGUGUCUCUGUAAGUGGGUGUUCCACUGACAUGCCAGCACACUGGAGCGGGCUCACAAACUCCAUCACCUAGGGGUCAUACAUUUGACCUCUAGGGUGACAAGACAUGUGAAGAGGCUACAAGCAUGUGAAACUGAUUGCUCUCCUUCAGGAGAUCAGGGUGGAUUAAAAUGCAAGGGGAGAGAACAAAGGACAUUGUGAAACAUUGUGUUUCUCUUCUAGCCCCCUGUGGACAGUUUGGAUAACAGAAAACAGCUGAUACCUACAAUAGUUUGUUUCAUCACAGAGAGACUGUCUAUGGAGCACAAGGCCAACCCAGUCCAAAAAGGAACUAUAAUGGCCUCCCUAGGGUCAACCGGUCAAAUCUGAAGACAAAGCAGAGGAGAAGCAGCUGCACUACCUACCAUGGCUGUCCGUGACUCAAUCAUAAUGUGGAGGUGGGAUUAACAGAGGAAUGUUGUGGUGUGUGUGUGUGUUUGUGUGUGUGUGUGUGGGGGGGGGGGGGGCAGAUGAAUGAAAUCUUGGGACAUUCCACCACUCCUAUUUAAGGCUUAGGACUGGGGUACAGGACAGAGGGCGUGCAGGGAGGGGGAGAAUGGACAUCUUCCUGGACCGAUCCUUCUCCUCCCCUGUGUUGUUGCAAAGCAGUGCUUUGGGGGUGGGGGGCGGUGGGGCUGUACUGUAGGUUAUCACCCCUCACCAACCUUCACGGACUACAAGGAGUCACAUGUACAGUACACGAUCCCUACCCCUGUUCCUUUACCACCGCCCCCCCCCCCCACCCCCAUCGUUCCCCCAUCCCCCUUGCGUGGCUGCCGAUAAGGAGGUGUCGGCACUGUGAAGCAUGUGUGCUGGCAGCCAGGGUGGUGGAGCGGAGCGCCGGACUCCGUUUGUUUCAGCGCCGCUGGGGAGGUGAGCUGGUGGUGGGUGGUGGGAUAGAGGUGGGCAGUGUGGGUUGAAGGUGGUGGUGGUGGUGGUGGGGGUAGCGAGUGGGAGUAGCAAGUGUGGCUGAUGAGACCUGAGUGAGAGCUAUCGAGAUUCCAGGCGGCGAGAUCGCAGGCGGAUGGGCCAUGGCAACCUCCACCGUCGCCCGGAGCAAAUCGCUGACCCCGAGUCACCCCUGGCGUGACCUCAGGGCCUCUCCUCAUCGCCCUCGCUUUCUUUCUGGUUUCUCUGCCCAGCCCCUCACCCUAGCACACACACACACACACACACACACACACACACACACACACCGUUAUGGAAAAGAUCUGUGUUUGGGCUCUUAUCAGCCUGAGGCUGAGAGGAUGAGUGGAAACUGUGGCCUGUGAGGCUGUCCUCCCACUUCUCUCCAUCUCAGACACUCCUGUCAUGUCAAACCACAGACUGCUGGGCCCAUCCUAGAGCUCACAACCCACAGGAACUCUGGGCUCACAACAUAUUGAAGGCCUUGUUCUCCAACCAUCGCACCAAUCAUCUGGGCUCUCAAAAGUCAAACACCUCCCUGUUUUUUUGCUGCUUGGAUACCAAAAGAUGCCUAUUUAUUGAUUAAUUUAUUAACUUUUACUGUCAUAUUUGUAUAGCAGUAUAUGGUAUGUGGACAUUUCAAUACUAUGGAUUAUACCCAGUUGUAUUGUAAAGAGCUUAAUCAGAAAGACGUAUUUAAUUUAAUGUGUUAAAUGUGUUUAAUUUUGUAAGAAUUGUUCUCGUUUUGAAAUAAACCCCCUUGUAACACC